CAAAUUUAGUUGUAAGUCUAGUUCUUCAAAACCUUGGUUUUGCCAAAAAGUAUGUGCUAAAAUUACAACCAUAACUAGUUGAUAUCCGGAAGAAUAACGAUUCAAAAAUGUGUGUGGAAAAGUCCAAAGUCGUCAUAAGAACAGAAAAGAAAAAACAUACAAACAAACUAUCCAGUUUGUUUCGCGAUUUUUCAUGGAAAUUGUUAUAUUAUAUCAUAUCAAUGGUUCUGAUAAUCAAAGAUAAAAUAACAGACAUUAUACUGGAAUUUUAUUUUGGAGAAAAGAAAACAUGUCCGCCGUUAAAUAGCGAAAAUAGUUUUCUGGCUAAAAGUGCAAUUGAAUUGGCUGCAUUAAUAAGAAACAGAAAAGUCACAUCAACACAAUUGGUCGAGGCCACCAUAAAUCGUAUGAAAGAAGUCAAUGAUGUCUUAAAUGCAAUAGUGGAUGGACCAUUUGAAGACGCAAUAGAAGAAGCAAAGAAAAUUGAUGAGCGCAUUGCAAAUAAUCAAAUAUCCGAAGAUGAGUUUGCUGCAAAACCAUUUCUUGGUGUUCCUUUCACCACAAAGGAUAGUACAAGUGUGAGUGGACGCCUACACACUCUGGGAUUGCUCGCACGAAAAAAUGUAACUUCCAAGGAAGAUGCCGAAUGUAUUGCUCUAGUAAAAAAUGCAGGAGGUUUAAUUUUGGCUACCACCAACAUCCCUGAGGUCAAUAAAUGGCAAGAAACUAGAAAUAAUUUAAUCGGUGCAACAAAUAAUCCAUAUGAUGUCAGAAGAACGGUUGGUGGAUCCAGUGGAGGGGAGGGAGCAUUAAUUUCAUCAUGUGCUUCGACAUUUGGCAUUGGAACAGACAUUGGAGGCAGCAUACGUAUGCCCGCCUUCUAUUGCGGUAUAUUUGGACAUAAGCCUACAGUUGGAGCUAUUAAUACACGAGGCUGCACGUUCCGAACGGGGAAGGAACCUUCGACAAUGGUGGUCGCAGGUCCGAUGAGUCGAUAUGCCAAAGAUCUUUUGCCAUUGUUGAAGAUUAUGGCAGAUCCAAAAAAAGAAUGUUUGCUAAAAUUGAAUGACAAAGUCGAUGUGCGCAAAUUGAAAUACUACUAUAUUCGUGAAAGCGGUGAGCUUAAAUGCAAACCAGUUUCGAAUGAACUACAAUUGACUAUGACAAAUGUAGUUAAACAUUUUGAAAAUAUUGCGGAUACAAAGCCAACUGAAAUAAAAUUACAUGGAACCGAUAGAGCCACAAAAUUGUGGCGAUUUUGGAUGACUCAGGAACCAUCUGAUUUCAAUCUCCUUUUAGGAAAUGGUACUAGACUGAAUCCAAUGAUAGAACUUAUCAAAAAAUUAACAUUCCAAAGCGACUUGACAAUGGGGGCAAUUUAUUCGUUGAUUGAUGAGAUAUUACCAAAGGAAAAAGCAGACAAGAUCAAAGAAAUCACAAGGAAAUGUGAUGAAGAACUAACGAAUAUUUUGGGAGAUGAUGGAAUCUUAUUGUAUCAUAAUAUGACACGGACAGCACCAUUUCAUUACGCCCUUCUUUUCAACGUAUGUGACUUCAGUUACUGGUCUAUAUUUAAUGUACUGCACGUUCCAGCAACACAGGUACCGCUCGGAUUGGAUUCAAAGGGAUUGCCAUUAGGCGUACAAGUUGUUGCGAGUAGAAAUCGUGACAGACAUUGCUUGGCUGUUGCUGAGGAACUUGAGUUAGCUUUCGGAGGAUGGAAACCUCCGUUUAAACUUUGACCAUAUUGAAUUUAAAAAAAAACACUUUCGACGGAAAAUGUUGUAAUUGUGGUGUUGGAUUAUUAAAUUGUCUAAUUACAUCUA